AUGGCUUUACCAAUCCUUUUCCUUCUCUUCAUUUCACUCCCUUUCUCCUCCGCAAAGCUAAACGUUGAUUACUACAAAACAACAUGCCCUGACUUUGAAAGAAUCGUUAGAGAAAACGUUUUCACCAAACAAAGCGCAAGCCCUGCAACUGCACCAGGAAUCCUACGCCUCUUCUUCCAUGAUUGCAUCACUGAUGGUUGUGAUGCCUCAAUCCUCAUCACUUCCAACGCUUACACCCCACAUGCAGAACGUGAUGCAGACUUGAACCUUUCUCUCUCUGGCGAUGCCUUUGACAUCAUUGCUCAGAUCAAAACCGCUUUGGAACUUGCAUGCCCAGGUGUUGUUUCUUGUUCAGACAUUGUUGCACAGACCACAAGGGACCUUGUUAAGAUGGUGGGUGGUCCUUAUUACCCUGUGAGGUUAGGGAGAAAAGAUAGUCUCACAUCUGAUGCAACAAAAGUUGAUGCAAGCCUUCCAAAGACAAACAUGAGCAUGGAUCAAAUCAUUGCCAAGUUUACCGCAAAGGGUUUCACUGUCAGGGAAAUGGUGGCUUUAACUGGAGCACACACCAUUGGGUUCACACAUUGCAAGGAGUUCAGCGACAGGAUCUUUAACUUUAGCAAGACCUCUGAUGCUGAUCCUUCCAUGCACCCAAAACUUGUUGCUGGCUUGAGACAAGUGUGCCAGAACUACACUGUGGACCCUUCUAUGGCAGCAUUCAAUGAUGUGAGGUCACCAGGGAAAUUUGACAAUGCUUAUUACCAAAAUGUGCUAAAAGGGUUGGGGUUGUUGAGAUCUGAUUCCCUUUUGGGUUUGGAUGCAAGGACAAGGCCUCUUGUGGAGCUCUAUGCAAAAGAUCAACAAGCAUUCUUCAAUGAUUUUGCAAAGGCAAUGGAAAAGCUUUCUGUGUUUCAAGUGAAGACUGGUAGGCAAGGAGAGGUGAGGAGCAGGUGUGAUCAGUUCAACCAUAUUCCUAAUGCUUAA